AUAUGGAUAGUAGCCAGAAGAGCAGUUUGCUGUCUUUUAGUAACAUGGGAGGAGCAAUCCCCCCGGGGUCAGCAAGGGCCCAAGUUGGUAAAUGAAUCAGAAUAAACAAAAGUAAAAGACAUGGCUAAUAAAUAUCAGAUUUCAUAUUGUGUAAGGUCUAAAAUGCAGGCCCCGCAGAGCAUAAUUUUUAAUUCAAUUAUGUACCUAUAUAUGUAUGUAUGUAUGUAUGUAUACACACACACAUACAUAUAUUUCCUCUCUCUUCAGGUUGUCCUCAUCUCAAAUUAUGACCCUUUCACUGGUGGAACACAACUAUAGUCUCCUAAAUCUGGAAACAUAUCAGGAUUUUUUUUUUCCCCUGUGAGAAUAUUUUGGAAAACUGGAGUUCCUCCAAACCUUCAUAGAACUGGUCUUAUGAUCUACAGGUUCUGUUUACUCAUCCUUAAGAACGUUCUAUAUUUAUUAGCCUCGGGUUAAUAAAGUGGCAACUGGGAAUAAUUCAGGCAGAAACCAGAGGGAAAUUUUCAGGCACAUAAGAAAAAAAAUCAUCAAAAAGUAGUAUAUUACCCAUUUAGAAAUCUAGUCACCAAAGGUGAUAGAACAUAGCAGGCACCAGUGUAAACAAUAUCAGCACACAAAAUUAAAGCAAGUAUUCCAGUGCUGCAGUUUCCUCCAGGCUAUGGGGGCCAGAAGCAGUGGACAUCUGGAAGUGGCCCUUGACCUGCUCCCUCUACCCAUCUCUCAGGGUACAGCGGUGUUUACCUCUGGUUUGGAGAUGUGAGUGGAGGCACUUUCUGUUUGCUGCUACCAGAUACACUUUUUUCUCACAAGAGGAUCAUCAGGAUGCUCUCUAUCUGCUAGACAGGAUGCUGCCUGAUUCAUACAUUGCUGAAAAAAAUGGCAGAGGACGUCUUAAAAUAAUCCCACACAAAAGCACUCACACUGGAGCCUCGAAUCAGAAGAACUGGCUACACCUAGCGUAAUAGCAAUAGGACAAAAGAAUUAGAUGCUGAGAAGCCCCGGCUCUAAUCAUCCACAGGAGGUCCCACACACAGAUUUCCAACUACUUUAGAAAACUAGCACCUGCAGCCUUCAUUCCAGGGCCACGCCUCGACCGUGAAUGGUGAUCUGCGGCACUUCUGGAUACUGACCCCCAAAAAAACUGAGGACGAGAAACGGGGAGGAUAAAUUGUAUGGAGAUUAAGAAGCCACCCGUGGCCCCUAAGCCAAAGUUUGUGGUGGCAGCUAAUAAGCCAGCUCCACCUCCUGUUGCACCUAAACCUGAUAGCGUGGUUUCUAGUGUUCCACAGCCAACAAAGAAAACCAAACCAGCAAUAGCUCCAAAACCAAAAGUUCUGAAGGCCUCACCUGUUCAAGACGUCAGGCAGUCACCAUCAAGGAAGCUCCUCGUGAACCUGGAAGAGCAGCAACAGGAGUCAUCUGAAAGCACUGACAGCUCUGGCUGCGAAAACCCAGGGCAUCGGAGCAGUGAUUAUAUUUUACCAAUGUGUUCCUGCCGUCCUGAGUGUAACCAUAAACUUGGGACUAGGGAGACUUUGUGUGUCAAGCAGCUUGUCUUAGGGCCCCUGGAAAUGCACGAACACUUAGAACAUCAUCAGGUUGAUGAGUCCUGUUCGGCUGGGAAGUCUCAGGGUAAAUGUGACGCUCGGGGCGAAAAGGUGAAGAGCCAGAGUGAAGUGAUUUUAAAGGCAAGCAUCCUGGAAGAGAAGCUCAAAGAUGUUUUAACGCAGCGAGCAUCCCCUUUUAUUUUCCCGCAGAAGCAGAGAUCCACAGACAGUCCAGAAAUGAAUGAUGGCUGGAAUUCCACCAGACAGUUCAGAAUCGACUUUGCGGAUCUGUCACCUUCCCUGUCCCGCUUUGGGAAAGUUCCUGAUCACCACCGUUGCCACCUACAGCUUCCUAGCGAUGCGUGUCAGCAUGUUGAAAGGAGUCAGAAUGACAGCGAACAAAGCAAUGGUUGUUUUCAUGCAUCUGAACAAGAAGCUCUAGAAGAUGGUAAAAGGAGCACUGUUUUAUCAUCAGGUGGAGAGAGGAAGAAUUCAGAAAUCAGAGACCUUGGUCCCUUGGAAAUUCACUUGGUGCCGUGUACCCCCAAAUUUCCAACUCCUAAGCCCAGAAAGGCACGUGCUGCACGUUUAUUACGCCAGAAAUGUGUAGAUGCUCCCAGUGAACCUACUGAAGAACCGGCCACUGUAGACAGUAGCUCUUGUCUUUUCGAAGAUAGUUUGAAAAACAAUACAAUCAGUGUUUCUCAUCAGAGUGUUUUGUGGAACCAGGAACGGGUGGACCAAGCGAAGCCAGGAGAGCAACGUGAAUUGAAUGUGGACUUCGACGGUGAUAGACAAACCUUUGCCAAUUCACAGAAAGCCUUGUGUCCCGAAACAUCUUCCUUUGAAAAGACGGCACCUCCUUUAGGGACAGACUCUAAUUUGAGUUCCGACAACAGGACAGGAGAUGGUUCUGGUGUGUCGCUUGCUGUGGACCAGGGGACCAGUUUUAUAAGAUGCAGUACUCUGUCUAUGAGCCUGCCCAAGCAGCUCAAGUUAGCCUGCAGCGAACAUUUGCCUGCUGCCUGUAACCCGGGAGUGUCUGGCCCCCGACUGCAAAAGGAAUCUGUAGUAAAAGAUGAAAGUUCCUCAAGAAUUGUCCCCAAAAAGCCUCAGAGACACAGCUUGCCUGCUGCAGGAGUACUUAAAAAGGCUGCCUCAGAGGAGCUUGCAGAGAAAAGUUCUUACCCCUCAGAUGAAGACAAAAAUUCAAAGAAGGGUCUAGAAAGAAAUCAUCUCUGUGCCCCAAGCCAUGGCAUAUCAUCCGCUUCCGAGAUGGCUAAACAGGCUUCAGAGAAGCCCGUGUGGAAGUUACCCCAUCCUAUUAUACCCUUUUCCGGGAGCCCGCAAUCCCUAAAGUCUGCCACCGCCUCCUCGGACAGUGAGCCCGCCACCGCCCUGGCCAAGCCAAGAGCCAAAUCAUUAUCCGCUGUGGACAUGGAAAGGUGCACGAAGCCUUGCAAGGACGCUCAGAAGAAGAACUCUUUAAAGAAGUUGCUCGCCCUGAAACUGUCCAUCUGUUUCAUGAAAAGUGACUUCCAGAAAUUUUGGUCCAAGAGUAGCCAACCUGGAGACAUAGCCUCAGGCCGCCUUGUGGGGAGGGAGCGGAAAGGGAGCGAAAGUGAUGGGCCCAGCUCGUUGGUAGGAGAAGAGAAGAGAAAUAAACCCACCAAGGCGCACUCGGCAGAUAACCAUGGCCUGGAAUCCCCAAAGAAGAGGAAGACGCCUCGGGGCCAGGCCAGUGGAGCUAACGGACCCCGAGCUGAGUCUCUGGAUGACCAGAUGCUCUCCAGGGAGCCGGCAUCCCAGGCGCCUUGCAAAUCGGUUACAGGUGGCUGUGCACCCGAGUAUGAAAAUAUACGCCAUUAUGAGGAAAUACCAGAAUAUGAGAAUUUGCCAUUUAUUAUGGCUGCGGGGAAAACGUCAGACGUGCACUGGCAGAAUUCCAGCAGCGUGGAGGACGCCGAUGCAAAUGUGUAUGAGGUGGAAGAGCCAUAUGAAGCUUCGGGCGGCCAGCUGCUGCUUGGACGCAGACAUCAGCAUUCCAGCAGUUCUGGAGCCUCCCAGGAGGGACACGAUGAUCUGGACCUGGGUCUCGGUGACCUUCCUUCAGAGGAAGAGGAAGUCAUCAACAGUUCUGAUGAAGAUGAUGUCAGCUCUGCUUCUAGCAAAGGGGAGCCUGACCUGCUGGGAGAUAAGCAGGAUGAAGACACUGGGCUGAAAAGUAAAGUCCAUCAUAUUGCCAAGGAGAUCAUGAGCUCAGAGAAAGUGUUUGUGGAUGUGUUAAAACUUCUGCAUAUUGACUUCCGGGAUGCAGUAGCCCAUGCUUCCAGGCAACUUGGGAAACCAGUGAUCGAGGACCGGAUCUUAAAUCAGAUCCUGUACUACUUGCCUCAGCUGUAUGAGCUCAAUCGGGACCUCCUGAAGGAACUGGAGGAAAGAAUGAUGAACUGGACUGAACAACAAAGAAUUGCUGAUAUCUUCGUAAAGAAGGGACCGUAUCUAAAAAUGUAUUCCACAUACAUCAAAGAAUUUGAUAAGAAUAUAGCUCUGCUGGAUGAGCAAUGCAAGAAAAACCCAGGUUUUGCUGCUGUUGUUAAAGAAUUUGAGAUGAGCCCGCGCUGCGCUAAUCUGGCCCUCAAGCACUACCUGCUCAAGCCGGUUCAGAGGAUCCCCCAGUACAGACUGCUGCUGACAGAUUAUUUGAAAAAUCUCUUAGAAGACUCUGGAGAUUACAGAGAUACCCAAGAUGCCCUUGCUGUGGUUAUCGAGGUGGCCAACCAUGCCAACGACACCAUGAAACAAGGAGACAACUUUCAGAAACUGAUGCAAAUUCAGUACAGCUUAAAUGGACACCACGAAAUAGUUCAGCCUGGGCGGGUUUUUCUCAAAGAAGGAACCCUGAUGAAGCUAUCUCGGAAAGUCAUGCAGCCCCGAAUGUUUUUCCUGUUUAACGAUGCCCUGUUGUAUACCACACCGGUGCAGUCUGGGAUGUACAAACUGAACAACAUGCUCUCGUUGGCUGGAAUGAAGGUCAGAAAACCCACCCAAGAAGCAUAUCAGAAUGAAUUAAAGAUUGAAAGCGUAGAACGUUCCUUCAUCCUGUCAGCCAGUUCUGCCCCAGAAAGGGAUGAAUGGUUAGAAGCGAUUUCCAGGUCAAUAGAAGAGUAUGCCAAGAAAAGAAUCACAUUCUGUCCUAGUAGGAGUCUUGAUGAGGCAGACUCAGAAAAUAAAGACGAGGUGAGUCCUCUUGGAUCCAAGGCUCCCAUCUGGAUUCCAGAUACCAGAGCCACCAUGUGUAUGAUCUGCACAAGCGAAUUUACCCUGACCUGGAGACGACAUCACUGCCGGGCCUGCGGAAAGAUCGUCUGCCAAGCUUGUUCGUCAAAUAAGUAUGGCUUAGACUACCUGAAAAAUCAACCAGCAAGAGUAUGUGAACAUUGUUACCAAGAACUGCAGAAAUUAGACCACCAGCACGCCCCGAAGAUCGGAUCUCCUGGAAAUCACAAAUCUCCAUCCAGCACCUUAUCCUCAGUCCUGCAUAGUAUUCCAUCAGGGAGGAAACAGAAGAAGAUCCCAGCUGCUCUCAAAGAAGUAUCAGCAAACACAGAAGAUUCUUCUAUGAGUGGCUACUUGUACAGAUCAAAGGGCAAUAAAAAACCUUGGAAACACUUGUGGUUUGUCAUAAAAAAUAAAGUGCUGUAUACAUAUGCUGCAAGUGAGGAUGUGGCCGCUUUGGAGAGUCAGCCUUUACUCGGAUUCACGGUCACUCAAGUCAAAGAUGAGAACUCAGAGUCUCGAGUCUUUCAGUUACUGCACAAAAACAUGUUAUUUUAUGUAUUCAAAGCCGACGAUGCGCACUCCGCUCACAAGUGGAUAGAAGCAUUUCAAGAAGGCACGAUAUUGUAGCUGUGUUGGUUUCAUCUCUUGUGUGAUUCCAAAGGGUGGACUUUCAUCAGAAUAGAGUAAAUACAGUACAAAAAUUUUAUAUAAAUGAACACUGCCAAGAUAAAUCCAAAAUCUUCAUCAAAGAAAUUAUUUUGUUAGGUAUAUGGUAAUUUUUUAAAUGUUUGUUUUUAUGUAUGUUAUUUAUUAAAAUUUUGAUGUUUACUUAAUGGUCAGAAUUGUUUCUGAGACUCACACUGAAUUCUAAAGUAACUUUUCUUUAGAAACCAGAAAAGUUAUCUUAAUACUGUAUAUUGUAUUAACUUUGUGACACAGUCCAUACUGCCUUCUCAAUGUGUUUUACAGCUGUUACUUUGUAACAUUCUCACUAGUGAUAAGACUUUGUAAAUAAAAAACACACAUCAAGGAGCAAAGUUCCAUGCAGUGUUUGGUUCGAAAUUAUGACUUAUGAAAGUGCUGAAAAAAAAUGCAUGUCUUUGAAUCAGUAAAUUUAGAUGAAUUUUUGUAUCUUUUAGUGGGAAAACACAUGGCCAGUUUCUACCUCAGUAACUGUGAAAUGAAAUUCCAGUAAAUUAUCUAAAGUAUUUCUAGUGUUAUGUACCUCUUUUGGAAUGAGAUAACAGAAUCUGAAUUUUUAUUUAAUUGGACUACGAGUAGGAAAAAGGAUGUUUUCAUUUGCAAGGGAACACAAAUAAUCAACUCUCUGGCCUUUACAUUAUGUCUAAGCUUUUUUUAAAAAUUACUAUUUUAGGGAGUUCCCAUCGUGGUACAUUGGAAACGAAUCCGACUAGGAACCACGAGGUGGCAGGUUCGAUCUCUGGCCUCGCUCAGUGGGUUAAGGAUCCAGUGUUGCCGUGAGCUGUGGUGUAGGUCGCAGACACGGCUCGGGUCUGGCAUUGCUGUGGCUGUGGUGCAGGCCGGCAGCUGUAGCUCCGAUUGGACCCCUAGCCUGGGAACCUCCAUAUGCCAUGGGUGUGGCCCUAAAAAGACAAAAAAAUAAAAUAAAAACUACCAUUUUAACACAAACAUAAAUGUAUUAUUUCUUUUAAAAGCAAAAUAUGGCAAGCACUGUAUUAUAUAAUGUCCCUUGCUAUUGUAAGAGUUCUGACCGCAAGUUAGUGGUGAUAUUUGUAUCUAAAAAGAGGGCUACAUUUCCUAUGAUACUGUGAUUUUAAAAAUGAACUAGACUACCAUAUCAACAAAAGCACAGAUUCUAAGCCAGUAUUAGGUGAAAUUGUAUAGUAUUCACUUUUAAAGUUUUUUUUUUUUUUUUAAUGCCACUUUAUGUUAUGUCCUCCUUGGUAAUUUUAAAAAUAUAUGUAUUUUUCUUUAACCAACUGUUGGUGACCUCAUUAAGAGGGACUUCAUAUUCCUAAUUCUGGUGCUCAUACAUAUGAACUACUCUGUACGUUAAAUUGUUGAUGAGCAGAAGUAAAAUGAGGUUAACAUUAUGAUUAAAAUCAUUCCUGAUGUUUAUAGUAUAUAUUUAUUGACUGAGCUUAAACUAUAAAUUAUAAGGCAAGUUAUCAGCAGAAUAUUUCAUUAAAGGGCACAGGAAAUUUCCCUUCUGCUUUUAUAUAAAGCAUUUCCUAAUUCAGGAGAAUAUCAGUGAUUGCCAAGAGAAUGAAUGAGUGCCUUUCGGAAGCCUUCUGGAUGUUUGUUCCAGCACCAGGAUCUCUCCUAAACCCAGAGUUGGCUGCUGUGGUUUUUCUGGCUGUUGCCUGCUAUGGAAUCAUUUUAAACCCUCUUGCGUCCUCACUCACAGCCCUCACAUCCUCUCUCCCACGUCUUUGUCCCCUAGGUCAGCUGACACUUCUUUACAGCUCAUGUAUUUUGACCAAGACAGCAUAAACAAGGCUUCCAUGUUAAAAUCCCUGCAGUUUUUAGUGUAUCCUUUUUGGAGACCAAGGUUAUGCUUUAUAAAGUGUUUCCUUCUGCUUCAUGGGGGCUAGCAGUUUGCAAAACAAAAAGUUAUUUGAAGUCCUUCCCUCCCGAUCUUACACUCUCCACCUGCUGACCACAAAGUUGGGUUUAAUCAGAAUCUAAAAAUUAUCUGCCAAGGCUACUACUGUGUCUUCCAACAGUUGGCUGAGUCAAGAACCAGUUAAAUAUUUAAAUAUAAGAAACAGUGCACAAACUUUUAGUCAUUCUCGUAACUACAUGUGAAACUCAUGUGCUAGCUGUUGUUUUGCCCCAUGGAGAGCUUUGAAAAAUAUAAACCAUCCCCUUUUAAAGAAGCUUUCAGUUGAGCACACAUACCCCAAAAGAUGUUUUAAAUGUGGGAGAGUAUCAUAUUCCUUCUCCCCCUUAUCCGUCCUUCAUAGCUGACUGAAACUGACCAGUUAUUUAAACUUGCUCCUUCCAUAUCCCAUGAGAAACAACUAUACGCAUUUUGUCGUGAGCUACUUUAAAAAACAACUCUUGAUAGCUAACAUUUUAGUGGGAAAAAAAAAAAGAUUGGAUGCAUUCUGUAAUUGAGAAAAUACAAUAAAACUUAGAUCCCACGGAUACUGUAUUUACUACACUGAUUCAUGUGCUUCCAUCAAAUCCUUUUAUUCAUAAGGAGGAGACAGAGGAGCAUAUUUUAUAAAGCUGAGCCCAAAAGGAUGCUGAAAGAAACCUUAGACAAGAGAUGCCAGGUCACACUAGAGAAGGCUGGUGUUCUUGUAUGUGUCUCCAGCAGGUGUUCCUUCUUUAUCCGAGGCAGCUGCAAAUGCAGAGGCCCCACCAGAGUCUAGGAAAACGAGAAGGGUUACCUUUGGCAUCGUCCUACAUUUCUGAACCUCUCUCCAACCUCUUUUCCCCUGUUCCCUCGUGUACCCAGUCUCUUGCCCUCUGCCCAAGAUGCUUAAUCAAAAGUCCUUUUAACCAAAAGCUUGCUUUGUGUAUGUAACAUGUAAAAUGAGAUUGUCAGAGCAACCAACCCGUGUUUACUACAAAGGUGUGAUGGAACAACGAAGCGGAGAAGACAGUUUUCAAGGGCAGUUUUGUUAGGCAAAUGAAUAUUUUAUAUUUGGUUGGCAGAGUAUAUCCAGACAUAGAGAAGCCUAUUUAGUAAUUUGGUGAAAAUAUAAAUGUUAUCACAACAUAUGUCUUAGAAUGUGGUUUCAUUAUACUCAGUUUUUGAAAUUUGAGAUCCAUUGUAGUCCAGUGUCAUAACUGGGCCUUCCAGAGAGGUAAAUCCUAUUUCUCUUACUAUACUGUACACUCUUGAAGACAGAUCCUAUAUGUAAUAUAUUGGUUUCUCACAAAAUACCUACCCUGUGUCUUUAAAGAGAAAAAUACUUGUUGAAGAAAGUAAGGACAGGAUUCCUGUCAUCUCUAACUCAAAGAAAAUCCCCAAAGUACCUCAUGAUAACUCAGAUCUCAGACCUGCUCUUUCCACCAUAUGCCUGCAAGGCCAUAUUUGCACGUACCUGUUGGAUAUCUACAUGUCUUUAAGCAUUUUCAGUUUUACAAACCUAAAACUCAACUCAGUUUCUUUUCAUUGAACUCUGUAUAUCUCUCUUCUGCAAUGGAAAAAUACCAUUCUAGGCUCCAGAAUCUGCCUCCAAGUCUCAACAAGACCCUCUAACCGUUGCUCUUGUAUCCUUUCCAGCUUCGUUGCCCUUCUGUUACUGCAUCAGCCCUAGCUCAAGCCCUUCCCAAUGAUGGGCAUAACUUUUCGAAUUCCAGUGCCUUCUUUGCAUGGUCCCAUUCUAAACACGGCCAGAACCAUCUUGUAAAGCAUAGUUCUGAUCUAGUUUCACCCCUGCUCUUUACACCAUUGGCUUCCAAGGGGCUUGCUGUGGAAUACUUUUCCUCAGGUGUCGUACCCUGCAGCUAACCCUAACCCAACCUUUCUCUUUUCACACCAUUUUAUUGUUUCUCCUCCUUGCCCCCGCCUCCAUUUCUGCCUAUUUAUCCAAGACUUCUCUGUAACGGUUGAUACUAGUCCCUCCCCACCCCGCCUCCGUUCCUCUGAUCUAGUCUCUUUCUCCAUGUUCCCAUAGCCUUUGGCCCUUAAACAGACUUGCUUAUGGUGCUUAUCAUAUUCUGUCCUUGAGAACAGCAACUGUAUUUUGCUCAUUAGAGAUUCCCUCUCAGCAUCUGGCAGAAUGUCUUGCAUGUGCUAGACAUUCAGUAUUUGUUUGGUGAAUUAAAUUAAUUCAAAUGGAUCUCUUUUUUUUUUUUUUUUUUUUUUUGAGUGCCUCUAAUAUACAAAUGGCAUUCUGGAGCCUAUGCCACUUCUAAUGUUAUUUUCUAAUGGAAAUUUUCUAGUACGAUUUUAAGACAAAGUAGUAAAAAAUGUUCAAAAAGCUUCAAUAUUAAAUUCUCCUUUUUGUGGGGACUAGGAUGAAGGGGCAGCUCUCUUUUAUAUGAGUUGGUCUUAGCACAUGAAGAACCAAUCUUGAAAUACUAUCUUUUUUAAUGACAUAGAUUUAUAGAAACUCUUUUUACUUAAAGUGAUAAUAGUUUGUAUCUUAUUGUUCAUAUAGAGAUAUAUAGAUCCUUUAUAAAUAAAAUAUUAGCACUGUAAAAAAUGUUCAUUGUAUUUAUACAAAAUAAAUUUACUAAAUCGA